AUGUUCUCCAUCGCUGUUUUCGCCCUUCUCCCGGCCGUACUUGCGAAGCCGCUCCCUCGUCAGUCGACGUCGACGCCGAUGUCGACCGGAGCCGUCUAUAUUCACCCCAAUGGCAACACCAACUUCUGCCUCGGUGCCACCGGCACGGGCAACGGCGCGCCCGUCGACAUCUUCGACUGCUCAACCAAGACGGCGAGCAGCCCGGCAUGGGUUCUCAAUCCUGACCGCCAGCGCUUCCAGCUGGACGGUACCCAGAUGUGCCUCGAUGCCGGAGUUAACAUCGGCGACGGUGUCUCCAUGAAGAUUUGGCAGUGCUACGACAACCUGCCUCAGCAGCAGUGGACAUACAACAACGACGACCAACACUUCUCGGUCAGCAGUGGCGCGGAGUGCCUCGACCUUCGCGACGGCGUCGUCGCCAACGGCACGCCUGCCCAGACAUGGGAGUGCAGCGCCCCUAACACGAACCAGAAGUGGACGACGAGCGCGUCGUCCAGCAACACCACGACGCCUACGCCUCCCUCGACCACUGGCCAGGUAUUGCACCCUAACGGGAACACUGCGAAGUGCCUUGACGUGAAGGGCGAUGUCGCGAACGGCACUCCGGUCGACAUCAGCGAUUGCGACGGCGCCAGCGACCAGAAGUGGGUCCUGUCGCGCGGAACCACCUCCGUCAAAGUCGCGGGCACGAACUUCUGCCUUGACGCCGGUGAAAACAUUGGCAACCGUGUGGGCAUGAAGCUCUGGCAGUGCUACGAUGGUCUUGCCCAGCAGACCUGGUACUACACCGACGACAACCGUAUCGCCGUCGAGGGUCGCGGCCAGUGCCUCGACCUCACCGGCGGCGUUCUCGACAACGGCAACGUCGUCCAGACAUGGGUGUGCACCGACGGUAACACCAACCAGAUCUGGAACUGAGCCGGGAGUCGAUCAGGAGCUUCAGGGAUUUUGGGGAAACAACGCAUUCAUGUAACUCUGGCAUAGCAUACAAACACAACUCGCAUACCGCAUCCAAUUCAUCCAUUCUUGGAC